CUGUUCACCAGAUUAACCGUCAGGUUGAACUUCUCCCCACUCUGGAUUUUUUUGUCUAACUAUCAUCUAACAUGCUAGUAGAAAUAAUUCUAGGUAUUAAACAAAUCCGAAUCAAGUUUUAAAAGAGUAAAAAUUGGUUAAAAAGUAUAAUUUAAAAUUAUCAAUUCUUUCAUCAAAAACAAUGGAAAAAAGAAAAAACUCCGCAAAAAAUGUGUGUGAAAAUCCGCGAAAUUCGCUUUUUGUACUGUCAUUCUGUAAUCAUGAAUAAGAAUUUUAACAAGUCUACUUGCGCUGUUUGCUUUGAAGUUAAGGGAGAACACUCCAAAACUCUUAAUAAGAUAACAAAAGGAAUAGAGGAGAAGAUAGUAACUUUUAUUUGGCCUGCCUACAACCUGGGGAUUGGUGUUUGUCCAUCAGUUAUAUGUUCAAACUGUCGAAGAAAUCUGUUCUGUUUGGAGAAGGGCUCAACCGAAUACUUAUCAAAAUGGAUAGAAAAAGUAUCAAAGAUUGAAAGAGGAAGUAUCAGGAGAACUUCAAAGCUUGAUUUGAUUGCUAAUGUACCUGAAUCUGAAGAAAAAGACUGCUUUAAUCAUAGAAGACUCUGCAAUUUAUGUUUAACCCACUUAGGAAAGGGGUUAGAACACAACUGUGUAAAGAGUCAAGCUGUUUCAAACAUUAUCGGAUUAGCGUUAUCUUUGGAGCAUCCAUCCCCUGAGCAAGUAGCUGCUGGGAUCAUCAAGAUAGCCCUGUUGGCAAAUAAUAUUUUGUUAGCUUUGGGAGUUAAGUAA